AAACUACGCGAGGCGGCAUUCGCUGUUUCCCUUCAGUGUGGGCGGGACAUACCCGAUUUGAAAGCCAAUCACGGCGCGGAAUUUACAAGCCGCCCUAAAUUGGAGGAAGCUGAUUGGCUGUUCGUACAAACACAGACUGGCGUAUUCCCUGUUACUUUAUUGAGCCAUUAAAAUCCUUCUGCACUCAACUAUUGUGGCCUAGUUGCCUUAGCAACGUCGGGAAGCCACUUUUUUUGAAUAUAUAUUUAUUGCUGGACAACAUGGGCUUUUAUGUACGAAGGCAACACUUAUCAACACCUAGUGGCAGGUAACAGUUUCCAUGGCAACGUGCUUACAGGCAACAUGGAGUUCCUACAGUGGAGUUGUCAUGAUGUUGGAAGAUGGAUUGAGUCUUUAGGAUUUCCACAAUACAGAGCAUGUUUCACGGAGAACCUCAUCACCGGAAGAAAGCUCAUUUAUGUAAAUUGUGUCUACUUGCCAAGACUUGGAAUCACAGAUUUUAAAGACAUGCAGGUCAUCUCUGCUCGUGUGCGCGAGCUGCUGGGGAUCACAGAGACCCUGUGGAGUCGCAGCAUCGCUGACCCUCCACGGGACAGCAUGGGCCUGUUCCUGGAGAAAAAGAGCCGGACUGGAGAACGGGCAGACAGACUCACCUUCCAGCAGUUCCUGGAUAGCAUGCGUGUUUUAACCUGACUGAAAAGCCAAAUGGAGUCACUCCUGGUUUAUCUGAUAGUCCUCGGUGUGGCUGUGAAGGCCCACAAAGUUCAGGUCUGCCCCAAACGCUGCGUCUGCCAGAUGCUUAACCCCAACCUGGCGACUUUGUGCGACAAAAAGGGGCUUCUCUUUGUGCCCCCAAACAUCGACAGGCACACGGUGGAGAUGCGUCUUGGGGAUAACUUUGUAACCAGCAUCAAACGCAAAGACUUUGCCAACAUGACCAAGCUGGUGGACCUCACGCUCUCUAGGAAUACUAUUGGCGCUAUCACGCCUCAUGCUUUCAAAGAUCUGGAGAACCUACGAGCUCUUCACCUCGAUAGCAACCGGCUAAGCCGCAUCACCAACGACACCUUCAGCGGCAUGUCCAAGCUGCACCACCUCAUCCUCAACAACAACCAGCUCACCCACAUCCAUAUUGGGGCCUUUAAUGAUCUGACAGCGCUGGAAGAGCUGGACUUAUCCUACAACAACUUGGAAAGUGCGCCAUGGGUGGCCAUUCAGAGGAUGUCCAAUCUCCACACCCUCAAUUUGGACCACAACAUGCUUAGCUACAUCCCAGAGGGCACCUUCUCUGGCCUGCAGAAGCUAAAGAGGUUGGACGUGACUUCGAACAAGCUCCAGAAGCUUCCUCCUGACCCUAUUUUUCAGAGAGCUGGGGUCCUGGCCACCUCUGGGAUAAUGGGCCCUUCCUCGUUCGCGUUGAGCUUCGGAGGGAAUCCACUGAGGUGUAACUGUGAACUGCUCUGGCUUCGGAGGUUGCGGAGGGAGGAUGAUCUGGAGACCUGUGCCUCACCGCAGCACCUCGCCGGACGCUAUUUCUGGACUGUUUCAGAGGAAGAGUUCCUGUGUGAGCCUCCUCUCAUCACCAGGCACUCUCAGGAGCUGCGAGCUUUGGAGGGUCAGAGUGUGACUCUGCGCUGUAAGGCCAGGGGCGACCCUGACCCCAUAAUCCACUGGAUCGCCCCCGACGGACGCCUUAUGUCCAACUCCUCCAGGGCUGCGGUCCACACAGACGGCACGCUGGACAUUCUCAUCAGCACUGUCAAGGACUCCGGUUCCUUCACCUGCGUGGCCUCCAACCCGGCAGGCGAGGCCCAGCAGACGGUGGAUCUGGUCAUUGCUAAACUCCCUCAUAUCACCAACAACACAGUCGCAGAGCGGGAGCCUGACCCCGGAUUAUCAGAUAUCGCCACAGUGACCAAGACGGGGGCAGAAGGGGGAGGGUUGCCUCUGGGGAAUGCAAAGACGAGCCAGGAGAAGAAAGUAGUAAUUGCUGAGACCACAUCCACCUCGGCCCUGGUCAGGUUUAACUUCCAGAGGAGUAUUCCUGGAAUACGCAUGUUCCAGAUCCAAUAUAACGGCACCUAUGACGAUUCACUGGUUUACAGAAUGAUACCCCCGACCAGUAAGAGCAUCCUGGUAAACAACCUGGCGGCUGGUACAAACUAUGACCUGUGUGUGCUGGCCAUUUAUGAUGACCAGGUUACCUCGCUGACCGCCACCAGAGUGAUAGGUUGUGUCCACUUCACCACAGAGCCUCAGUACCUGAGAUGCCAUUUCAUGCAGUCCCAGUUUCUUGGCGGCACCAUUGUGGUUAUCAUUGGAGGGAUUAUCGUGGCCUCCGUGCUCGCUUUUAUCAUCUUCCUCAUUGUGCGCUACCGGGUGUGUAACCAAGGAGAUGCAGAUAAGGCUCUAGAGAUGGGCGACAUUCGGUCACUGAGCAGUGAUGGACAGCUACAGGGCUGUGGGAUUCCCAAGUCCCUCUCCAAGCAGGUCCUGCGUCCAGAAAAGAAUGACAAGGACUCCCUCAGAGUUGUCCUUCCACCCCCGGAGCCAGCCAAGCAGCGCCCGCCAGUCGUUGUAGCCACCACCAAACCCUCCGUCCCAGACUGCACUGUCUCUACCUCUGCUGCCAGCCACAGCUGGCACCCGGCCUCCCCAGGUGCUCCGAGGCCCAAACGUUCCAGUGCUCCACCAAAACCCUCAGAGGCUCGCCGAGCUGAAGCUCAGGCCGAUGUAGAGCUCGAUAACAUGAACCAGAAUAACUCAUCAGAGGUCAAAAUGGCCACUGCCGUUGCUCUGGCUGUUCCUGGCCAGCCCACCAAAUGGACUACUGUUCCCAGGGGUCCACGGCCACACCAGGCCCCUCAGCAUUACAUGACUGUGCCUGCAGGAGGAGUGAGGGUGAACCGCAGGCACUCCCUUAAUGCAGACUCAUAUAGGGAGCGCUGCUAUGUGGCCUAUCCCAAAACUGGGGCCAGUCUGCGCUCCAAGCGGAGCUUGUCAAUGAGCGGAGAGCUGCCGCAGCUCGAGAGCACAGCAAACAUUCACCAGGCCAGGGACAAGCUCUCCAGGUCUGAGUGGCUUCUGGAGAGCACUUUAUGAUUUGGAGUUUAUGACCUGCGUUCUCUUGUUUUCUUGGAUUGGAUUUGUGGCCCGUUGUGAAACAGACAGGGAUUUUAUGCCUUGUUUUGAGCUUUUGUGCUCUCUAUCGAGGGACCUGUAAACUUCCUCUCAUAUAUUUGGGGGCAAGGCAGGCAUACAGGGUUAUGGGAAACGUUUCACAUUUGUUUUCUACCUUAUAACCAAUCAAAGUCUUCUUUAUAAUGACAUUUGAUCAAACUUUGAUGAAAGGCACAACAAUGUAUAAAAUAACAACAAAAUGUACAAAAAUGUUUAGUUGUGUGAGAUACUGUAAAUCUACAACACAACCAUAAGUGUUCAUGUGGUAUUGAAUGCAGUAACCUGGACAUACUGUAUUAUAACAAAGACAGACACACGCAGGGGGUGGGGUUAUUAUACUCACAGUCUCAUUGCCUGUUACUUAACAUGAUACAAUCUCUGUAGACUUUGAACAUGAUUCUUGUCUCCAGCUCUACAGACAGACGGUGACGUGUCUUAAUUACCUUGGCGGUGGUUUGGAGAGAUUACGAAUGUGCUUUACAUCCCCAGAGGUGUUGGAACAGAAUGUAGUAGACAGACAACGCUCCAUCUUUUCAUCCCGACACUCCCAGACACAGCACAAUGCAGUAUUUUUGUGGCACAAGUCGACUCAGCCUAAUACUGCCCUCCGGUUUGAAUCAAUACAUUUUUAUCACAUAAUUACAUAAAGACUCAACUCUGAUAGGAUUCCUGUCGUGACUGAUUUGAGCGACAAUUGAACCAACACCAACAGCAUGACAGGUGCGGGAAGUAAUCUGAUAUUACGUGAGGAUGAGAUCCAGAGGAAUGGUUCAUUUCCAUAUUUUUUACUUACUGACGUUAUCAUGUCACGCCGAUGACAGCCAUUGUAAAUUAACUUGUCAAUGUAAGAGAAACAAUAAUCACAAGUAUGAGAGGACGUCAGCUCUUGAUUUUGCUGUUGUUUCUGUUUGAUGUUUACCAGUAUAAAUAAACCAGUGAUAAAAGGGA